AUGAGCAAGCACGUCCUCGUCCUUGGCGGCCAUGGCAAGAUCAGCCAGCUGAUCACGCCAAUCCUGCUUAAGAAGUCGUGGACCGUGACCAGCAUUAUCCGCACCGAGGAGCAGGUCCCCACCAUCCAGAAGCUCGGCGAGAGCCUGCAGGGCAAGCUCAACGUCCUGGUGCGCAGCAUCGAGGAGGUCAAGAGCGAGUCCCAGGCCAAGAGCAUCCUCGACGAGGUCAAGCCCGACUACGUCUUCUGGAGUGCCGGAGCGGGAGGCAGGGGAGGAGCCGAGCGGACGUUCGCCGUUGACCGCGACGCCGCUAUCCACUUCAUCAAGGCCUCCGCAGACCACCCAAGCAUCACCCGCUUCCUCAACAUCUCGUACCUUGACUCGCGCCGGAACAAGCCCAGUUGGUGGAACGACGAUGAUUGGAAGGCCGCCGAGGAGGUCAACUACAAGGUCCUGCCCAACUACUACAAGGCCAAGAUCGCGGCCGACGAGGUGCUGUACGAGGAGUCGGCCAAGCGGGGCAAGGACUUCAUCGGCAUCAACCUGCGCCCGGGGACGCUGUCCCUGGACCCGGCCGGCAAGGUCGAGCUGGGCAAGACGAAGACGAGCAGGGGUAAGGUGAGCAGGGAGGCUGUGGCGCGGGUGUCGGCCGCGCUGCUCGAGGCUGAGGGCGUCAAGAACAGCUGGAUCGACCUUCUGGAUGGCGACGAGGAGAUCGGUACAGCGGUUCAGCGCGUGGUCAGCGAGGGCGUGGACGCUGCUGAGGAGGACCCUGUUUAUAAGGCUUGA